AUGUCAGCCAAGGCUGCGGCCACCGUGUCGGCGGUGCUCAGCAUCGGAACCGUCGUGCUGUGCGUGCUGUUCGUACCGUGCCUGGUCCGAAAGAUGCACACCGUACGCCACGAAAUCAUGACGUUCGUCGACGAGUUCAACGUGAUCAGUGAUGACGUGUGGCGAGAGAUUCAAGUCCGGGGAAAGCGAUUUUCGAACGUUCGAAAAGUGCGGCAGGUGGAAAACAACAACGGGAACGUAUGCAAGUGCGAGGUUGACAAUCAGUGUCCCGUUGGCCCCCCUGGCCCAGCCGGAGCUCCGGGCAACGACGGCUUGCCUGGUGAGGAUGGACCCGACGGCGAAGACGGUCUUCCCGGAAUCUAUCCUCCCGUACCACUCAGGGCAGACGGAAAAUGCCGGUGGUGUCCACCUGGACCUCGCGGCCAAAUGGGCGAUCCAGGAAAGCCUGGAGCGUCGGGUUCCAAAGGCAAUAGAGGUCGCCCCGGUAGAGCCGGAAUACCAGGACAAAUCGGAAUGGCUGGCCAGACAGGAGUUACUGGCUCGCCCGGUAAAGCUGGCAAAUCAGGUCCUAUGGGACAACCCGGCAAAUCAGCGACCCUCGGCAAGAAGGGUCUGCGCGGAGACAAAGGACCUCGCGGCCCACCUGGCCCACCAGGACCAGAAGGAUUCACCGGACUGGCCGGUGCACCUGGUUUCGAAGGUGCAAAAGGACCUCCAGGACCAAAAGGAAAACCAGGUGAGCCCGGAAGACCAGGCAAAGACGGUAGGGUCGGAUCAGAAGGUGAGCCUGGUAAGGAUGGCGGCUAUUGUCCGUGCCCACCAAGAACGGUCGAGUACCAAAAACGUCGAAGAUUCCACCACUAA